AGAUUCAUAGGAUUCAGUGUACUCUCUGUUCAACUUGCAAGUGGUUGCUCUAGGACGCCAGUGCCACAAGAAAGUAGUAUUUGAACGACCGUUUGUCCGUCUAUCCCUUGCCUUUUCGAUUACAGCGCAUACAGUCUCAUCGCCAUGGACGUCUCCAUUUUUGGAACUAUGACGUCUGAGAUUGAAGCGGAACAUUUGGACGUCGCGGCGUCGUUUUACCCAUCUUGCGAAAAUGCAACAGCCGUCACCGACAUCCUACAAUUUAAUUUCAGCGAAUUCGACUAUCCUGGAGGCGGUGGCCCAUGGCCUCCACCUCUCGGUCUCAUUUCGGCUAUGAAAAUUACGUUUUGUGUAAUUAACAUGAUUGUUUCGAUUCUCGGAAACUGUGCCGUCAUCAUUGCUGUCUAUCACAAUCCUGCUCUCAGAUCGACCAUCAACUUCUAUCUAGUCAAUCUGGCGGUGGCCGACGUCUUGAUCGCGCUGUGCUGCAUGUGGCCACAUCUGGUUAAUGAUUUGACAAAACCCGCGUUCGUCUUGGGAGCGUUCAUGUGCAAAUUCAACGCGUUUGCUCAGAUGACAUGUCUGACGUCGAGCGUGCUCACGCUUACUGCCAUUGCUUGCGAUCGCUUCAUGGCUGUCAUAUAUCCCCUUCGAGUGAGAAUCACUCAGUGCCGGGCGCGGGCCGUCAUCAUCUCCAUCUGGGUCGUCUCCAUCACUGUGGCUCUGCCCUUCGCUGUGUACAGGAAACUCUUCGAAAUUCAAUGGAAGAACGCCGUCGAGGUGUCGUGUCAGGAGACAUGGCCGAGUCUACUUUAUUACGACCCGAAAUCCUUGUCCUGCGUCUCGAGCGUCUGGCCGAAAACCGCUUACUAUUCAUUGGUUUCAGUCGUGCUGUUCUUCCUGCCCAUCGUUAUCAUGUCCAUCGCUUACGCCUUGAUCAUCGGGCGGCUCUGGGGCUCCAAACCACCGGGUGAAAAGAUGGAUGCGGCACUUACCAAUCAAGCUCGGGCAAAGAGAAAAGUUGUAAAGAUGGUUUGCGUCAUUAUGCUCGUCUUUAUCGUCUGCUGGGCACCGCUGCAAGUCCUCAUCCUCUUCGCUCAGUUCAGCCACAAUUCACAAGAAGUUGGAGAGCUGCCGGAGUGGUACGAUCAAGUCAUGUUUUUGGUGUACUCAAUCGCUUACACCAACUCGACUCUGAAUCCUUUGCUGUACGGCGGUCUAAAUCAGACCUACCGAAAGACUCUCAUUCGCGUCUUGUUUCGCAAGUGCUGCAAAUGGCGUUCCAACCGGAGUUCGGCCAUUUCUAUGCAAGGCUCAAUUCAGCUGGCCGAAUUUCGAGCGUCUCCGCGGGCCGGUAUUUGUAAUAAUCAUCUGAGCAAUUCGACACACUCGACCCGAUUUGCCGUUCGUCGAGGGGGCAAUAACAUCAAUCAGCAGACAGAUGCUAUUAGUGCCCAGCAGCGGAACCGGCUGAGCGUCCGCAUUUCAACCACAGUGGCAACGUCCUCGAUGAGGUGUCAUUUACCGAUGACUUCGGCGGCCGCCAUCCAUCCACCACCUGCAAUGUCCGGAGUUGUCCAAUUGGAACAUCACACGGCACACCCAGCCGAUUCCGGAAUUCCCACUUGCGAAGCGCCGGACCGUGAGCUCCGGUUCUCCGCCUCCAGGGCCAACCGAUCGCGAACGGCCAGUCACCGUCGCCGCCAAGAUUUUCUGGGCUAAAUAAUGCAAACAAAUCGUGCGAAAAGAUAACAAUACCUGAGUUGAAUUCGGUUCCCAGCGCUUCAGAUGUUUUUAUAAAUAAAAUCCGAUGAACCUUUCACAAUCCCCCACUGUUCUGUGUGUAUACGUAGCUUAUGUGUACAACAUUGAAUAGUGAAUACACAUCAGCAGCAGCAUUGAAGCUGCCGGGUGAAUAUUCAAAUGACAAAUAAAAGAGAAAAA